CAACAUUACCACCAUGGCCACCCCGCUCUCCGACGCCGAGCGGCCGUCCCGGCCCGUCGUGGCCUACUCGUCGCUGUCAGAGCUCUCUGCACCUUUCUUCAUCGACCCCACCAGUCGAUCAUACAAGCACCAGUAUAGUAACAUCUACUUCGUUCGGCUUGUCGAGCUGCGACCGAUUGUGGAGGCACGCGCCGCCAAGCUGUGGGCCAAAGUCCGAGGCAAACCCCCGCUCCUCCCUCGUAUCCUCAACCUCCAGCGUGGGCAGCUGUGCUAUAUUGUCGGCACGGUGUACAUGGACAUGCCACUGAAGCCGAAUGUGUUGGAAGAGAUGGCGCGGAGUGUGAGUAAGCACUAUGUCGCUGCGCCUGCUGCACGGCCCAAAUUCUUCUCUGCACAGGACGCCGUGCACAUCGAGGACGAGAGUGGGCGAGUGCGGCUCGUCGGGCCGCGCAUCCGGGAAGAGCGGGAGAAGGGAGGGCUCGUCACGGGUGUCAUUAUGGGCGUGCUGGGCGUCGAGACGGGCGGGGGCGACUUCGAAGUCGUGGAUCUCUGCUAUGCCGGCCUGCCGGACGUUUAUAGGCCCGCGGCCAACGGCAAGGGGAAGGAGAAGGAAGAGGGAAUGGAUGUUGACGUGGACGCGAACGGAGAGAAGGAGAAGACAUGGGUGGCCCUCGUUUGCGGGCUGUCGAUCGGCGCCGAGACAGCACUUCUCGACAUGAAGGCGCAGCUGCUCGUCGAAUGGCUGAUGGGAGAAGGUGGCGGGCCGGAGGACCAGAGCAUCGCGAAGAGGAUAGCGCGGUUGGUGCUUGUGGGCAACUCGCUCGCAGUGCCGGAAGUGAAGGACGAACGAUGGAACAAGAAGCCGCUGAGCGUCGGCCUCGCCCCUCACGUCCCUAACCACCCGACCAAGGUGCUCGCCACUUUGCUGAGUGAUCUGCUUGCGUCAUCCCUGCCCCUCGUGCUUGUACCAGGGCCCGAAGAUCCGGCGGGCGCACUGCUGCCACAGCAGCCCAUGCCGAAAGUUAUGUUCGGUGGGAAGCGGAUGGAGGGCCUGGAAAGCGUCACCAAUCCGACCUGGCUUGAAGUCGGCGAGCGGAGUAUGCUCUGCUCGAGUGGGCAGAGCAUCGACGACAUCUACAAGUAUCUUCCCGGGACGCAGCGGCUGCGCAUGGCGCACCGCACCCUCGAGUGGCGGCAUCUCGCCCCCACUGCCCCCGAUACACUGUCCGUCUACCCCUACCCCGACACAGACCCAUUCAUCAUACACCACAGGCCCGACAUCUACGUUGUGGGCAACCAGCCCGAGUUUGAGACAGACCUCGUGGGGGACGGGACGACGCGGCUGGUCCUCCUGCCCUCGUUCGCGCAGACGGGCACGGUGGCACUCGUGUGCCUCGAGACACUCGAAGUGCAGACCGUCACGUUCGAAGUACCGCAGUGGGUGGGCGACCCCAAGCCAUAGUCAUGCAUGUACUCUAAGCGGGGACCUCGGUCUCGAACAGCGCCAUGCCCCGGUCGCCAUGGCGGUAUCCCAUACUAACCUCUCUCGGUGCGUGAUCGCUCUGCCUCCCCCACUUGCCCUUCCCGCGCGGCACCUCCUUCCUCGCCCGCCCAUCAUGCGUCACAAUCCCGUCUGCGACAUCCCCGCUCCCAUCGAAGGCAAGCACGAACGCGCGCCGCUCCGUGACGCCCCACACGCGCCCGCCGUCCCCAGCGAGCGCGUACACCGGGCUCCCGCGCCCCGCGGGCGAAAAUACACUCCACCCCGCGGCGGGGUUACGCACAUCCCAGACACUCACAGCGCCGUGCAGCGCGCCGCCUGCGGCGACG